UUCAAGGCCAGAGUGUGAGGGGAUUGGGCUAUUGUGAGCCUCUCUGUGUGUUGUCUAGAGAGGGGGGGAGCAAGAAAGAAGAGAAAAGAGAGCAGCAGUAGCCUUCAACUCGAGUUAUUUGCUGAUGCUUGAAUUCAGAGGUGCACUUUAAACUUAUGAAAACAUUUCUAUCCACAGCUGCCUCCCAGCUCUCCAGAGCUUCUCUUAUCUCUUCCACCCUCCUGUCUUUUUCUCCACACACCCACCCUGCCGACUGUCGACCUAACCUGCUUACUUUGGAAAUCAACAGUGCAAGAAGAGGCUACAGAGCAUUCAUCAAGUGGCCGAACAGUGAAAGGUAGCCAGAGCUGUCAUGGCUGUGUCCCAGGACAGGAGUGCGUGUCUGAGGCUGGUGGUGCUUCUUUUGCUUGGUGUCGGCAUGGAGGAAGUUGUGGAGGGAUGUAGCUGCAACCCAGCACACCCACAGCAGCUCUUCUGCAGUGCUGAGAUCGUGAUAAGGGCAAAGAUCUCCGGAGAGAAGAUUGUGUCGCCUAGCAACAGCUCCUCACCUUACAUGAAGAUGAUCCAGUAUGAAAUCAAAAUGAUCAAGAUGUUUAAAGGUUUUGAUAGAGCCAAGGACAUCCAGUAUGUGUACACCCCCGUCUUCUCCUCACUCUGUGGAGUAAAACUCGACUCCAAUAAUAAAGCAGGGUAUCUGCUCUCAGGAAGCAUGUGGAGCGAUGGACGGAUUUCUAUUGGCCAGUGUGACUUAGUGGAAUCCUGGGACAACUUAUCGCUGUCACAAAAAAAGAACCUUAAUUACAGAUACCAGAUGGGUUGUGAAUGCAGGAUCAACACAUGCUACACGGUACCAUGUGCGUCUACAGGUGAGAACGAGUGCCUGUGGACAGACUGGCUGCUUGAUAACAGUCUGAAUGGGGAGCAGGCUCGGCAAUAUGCCUGCAUCCGACGAUCGGACACGAGCUGUAGCUGGUAUCGGGGUGGGCCUCCACCUGAGAAGGACUUCUUGGACAUGACUGACCCGUGAUCUGUAACCCUGACUCCUGAAAUCUCUUAAGAAAAUCCCAACCCUGCUUCUGGCAUAUUUAGCAUGCAGAGUAGCAACUAAAAUGAGUUAAAAGUUAUCACAUAUUCAGACCUACUGGAGUAAAAGCUGCCUUUAAGCUACUGAUUCCAAAUUACCGGCAGCGAUCCAGCAACAGGAAAAUUACUAUUUUUGACUCAUUUCACAAAUUCCACUACAUACGUUUUUACUGAGUGAGAACAGGGACAGUACAUGUACAGCAAAACGUUACUUUCUGACUGAAGGGUUCCUACAUAAUUAUAAAUGAGCUCCUGUUACAAAAGCCCUAUAAUUAUUUGUAUGAUGUACAAUUGAUCAAGUAGCAAUUAGAGUUCUGAAUUUACAGAAAUCCAAAUGGAAAUGUUUAAAAACACUAAAAUAAUCUUUCUUGCAACAUCAUUGCAAAGUCUAAUCCUGUACAAAUAGACUGCGAGCUCAUGACAGUGCAAUACUAAAAAAUGAACAGAUGUUGAAUAUACUGUACUUUGCGAACGUUUUAGGCUCUUAAACUGAAAUAUAAAUUGAAUGAUAUGUCAUGAGAGAAAAAUUGUAAUGCAAUUAUACAAUUCAAAUGGAUGAAAUAAAAGGGACUUUUUCCACAAUGAUCUUUAAGGGUAAAGCCAUUUUAAACACCUUUUUUGUUUGCCCUUUCUUUCUAUUUUUUAUUAUCUGUUUUAUAAAUCUGAAGCUGACAUGCUUAAUGAUUUUUAGAUUUGAAUAUAUAUCUACAGUGCCUAAAGCCUUUGCAUUUUGCAGUUUAUGCAAGGAGAAGCAGCCCAAAUUAACCACUUUUUUUCAUUGUGAUUAUUAUAUAUAUUAUGCAUUUCUUUAAAGUGAAACUCCUCAUAGUUUUAUUUCAAAAUCUUGAGCUUGUAAAUAUAAUAUUGGAAUUCAAUUAACAUUGUUAUGGCUAACUAUAUGUUUUGUUUUUGCAUAGAGGUCCUUAUCCUGCUUUUUUUCCUUCGUGCAAAUCCGUCCUGUUUUUUUCUGGUGCCAAAAACCCAAUCCAGCACCUUGACAAAAGCACUGCCACCUAGAGAAGCCAAGCCUUUGUUCCUUAGGAGAAAUGAUAUAUAACAGGACAAGAUAACAUUUCUUAAAUCCUUGAAAAGGAUGGCAGACUGCUUGUUUCUUUGUUCUGAAAAUUUGCUGAAUAAAUGAAGGACAGGAGUCUGACUGGACUUGAAUUACUUUACAUAAAUUAUACAGAUUAUAAGGCAUUAUCCCUUGUUCUUACAUAUGGUGCUGUGUUUUCACUCUUACUUAUUACAUCUGUUUUUUGUGUCUUUUAAAAACAAUUUAAGAUCAUGAAGUAAAUUCUAAUAUCAAACUUAGAUAGCCUGAUGAAUAUAAAGUGCAGUUUAUAAAAGAUGAUUUACAAGGGGAAAAAAUUACCUGAACCUACCAAAACCUUGUGAAAAGUUUAUUGCCAUGUAAAUCUUGUACACACUUUCACCACCUGUAGUGAAAACAACUACCAUCCAGCAUUUGGAACGACGAUAAUCCCAAUGGAGCAAAUUCUGAUACUUUUCUUUGCAGAACCAUUUUAUCUGGCCACAUUUGAGGAUUUCGGAAGAAGAAAUCAGUUUAAAGCAAGCCUAGAGGAAUUCAAUUGGUUUAAAGUCCAAAUUUUGACUAGGCUUAUUCAAACUCCUCAUGGGCAUUCCUAUUGUGCUUUGGAUCAUUGUUCAGCAAUAUAACCUAGUUGCCCUUACCCUUACUUUGUGCAGGCCAGCUCCUCCUGGGAAUAUUUCACAUGAUUCCAUGUUUUUUACAUAUGUGGAUAAGAACUCCCAAAACCAUAGAAAUGUCCUUCUAAUUCCCUCUAGACUGAUCAAUGCCAAUGAACAAAGCAGGAUCUGAUUCUAAUUGAGGUUUCAGUAUACACACUAUCAUUUAUAAAUGGUAAAUAGAUUAUUUAUUAAUGAUUAACAGAUAAAAAGUGUUUGAUAAUUGUUUAUAAACUGCAUCUAAACCGUAUAAAAGGUAAGUAGAUGAUAUUGCCCUGCCAUGUUAGUUAAGCCCUAACCCUAACAUCAGCAGACUUUAGAUCUGACCCAAGCCUUUAUUUCUAAUUUAACUUUCCCUUUCAUGUUGGACCUAGCCACUAAUAAAUGAUCUACUUACCUUUUAGAAAUAGUUUGGAUGCGCUUCGUAAAUGAUUAUCAAACAUUAGAAAACUAUCUGUUAAUUAUUAAUAAAUUACCUCUUUAGUGUUUAUAAAUGAUGGCUUUCUCAGUAAUGUCAUACAGGUUUUAUUUAAUAGGUUUGUUUUAUAGAGGCUUGGAUGUGGAUGGUGAAAUUUAAAUCUGACCGGUUGAAACAGUUAAACUUAUCAAGUAAAUUUGGAUUUUUAAUAAUUUUUUUUCUCACAUGCGACAGGUGAUUUGUUUAAAUGCCCUUUACCCCCAAUUAAUUAAUAGGAAAAAUGCUUUUUUUACUCACUAUAUUUUUUUUUAUCUGCUAAAGUAUGAUAAUAUUUUUAUCUGCACUGUUGUACUUGGUAGGACUGGUUAAUUUAAAGUUAAAUUCAGCACUGUAAUAUUUACAUUUCAUGUAACAUUUUUAUCUUAGAUAUGAGAAAAUAGCUGAAAUCUCAACCAAUUUAAACACUCAAACAUACCUGUUAGUUUAAUAAUUCAAAGUUACUAAUGCAUAAUCAUACUAUGUGAUUUAAAUUUCUGUUUUGUUUUUUUACAGAAAAAUGUUUGGGUUUGUAUUUAAGUCUCUGUUUCUGUCUACAUAAAGUUUUCUAUCUUCAUGUACCAAAAAAAUGUAUAUAAAAUGUCUCAGUGGAACAUUGUGUCACUUC